GUCAACACUCUGAAAUUUUCUCGCUUUUGAAAAAAUUUAUUUUGCUUAAUAAUUAGGUCACCCCCAUUAUUCUAUUUAAAUGUUUGAAUUAUUUACAAGAGAGCAAUUUUGACAUUCGGCCGUGUCGGUAAAGAAGAAAUUCGUAAUUGUCAAAUGUCAGACGCUCAAACUUGUCAAUUUAAAAAAUUGAGCUUAAUCUUGGAUUAAAAUGUUUAGUUUGAUUAUAAGUCGUUGUGUUUAGUUCAUUUUCACGAAACGGUCAUGGACUGUAUAAUUCCGGGGACGAAUCUGAAAGUUUUAGCCAAAGCUUUACAGGCCUUGGCGAAAAUCGGCGACGAAUUGUUCAUGGAAGCAAAAACCGAGGGGUUGUCUUUCAUAACAUUGAAUUCAAGCAAGACAGUUUGUGCCCGUUUUAAUUUGUUAGAUACAUUUUUCAGCAGUUAUGAAAUGAACCAAGAUGAUUCAAACGAAGUCAUUAGUUGUAAAAUACACAUGAAGAUAUUUCUGCCGCUUUUUAAGGGGAAUUUGGAGAAAAAGCUCGAAUAUUUUAAAAUCGAAUACAUAACAGAUAGUGAUUUAAUCACAUUUAAAAUGAAAUACAAAUGUGACGAUAUUGUAAUGGUACAUAAGCUACGUCUCAUGGAUACUGAAACGUUAUCAAUUGGGGUUGUCACCAAUUCAGGGUGUAGUAAUGUAUCAGCCUCUAGCUCAUUCUACAGCCAAUUGCUAUCAAUGUUUAAUCUCACUGACGACGAAGUUACGUUUGAAAUCACCCCAGAAAAGGUUGUGGCGCGAAAUUAUUGCUUAGGUACUCCUUGUCGUCCAAAAAUGAUGCGAACACAAAUCAACUUGAACUCAACUGAGUUUCUGAGUUACCAGAUUACAAAAACCACUUCAAUUAAUUUCUCCCUGAAACCAUUUCGCACCCUCGUUCAUUUUGCUGAAACUUUUACUCUUGACGUGGAUUUUAACUUUGAAAUUGGGGGAAAACCAUUAUCUAUAAUUUUAAAAAAUCCCACUUUUGAAGUGAGUUUCAUCGUUGCAACACUUGAUCCAUAUUCCGACACCAAUUCUUCAGUUGCAACUGUAAGUUCAUCGAAUAAAGUGGCGAGCAAUAAGAAACCUAGUGAAACAGAGAAUUGGCAAAGUGGUGAUUUUUCCAAAGAAAGUAGUUUUCGUGAUUUGAUGAGACAAGUGGAGAAUGAUAAAGAGAGACUAGAUGAUGUUAUACCAAAAUCACCGGAGUCUCCAAGGAGUAAGAAGGUAAAAAUGGUGUUUGGGCGUUGUUUUGACCCCACGUUUAGUGAGACGGUGCUAGGGGACGUUCUGGCCCCUAACAGCGACUCCGAGUGAAAGGUAGAAAUGUACACAAAAUAAUAUAUUAAAUAAUUAUAUUUCAUACAACAUGAGAUAAGAAGAAUUGAUAUGUUCUAUUUACAUUUCGUUAAAUCAUCAGAUAAGAAAGUUAAACGGGACGUCGUUUGGCACGGUUGCAAUCAAAGCACAAAAUCCCAUUAACUUUAUUAUGUUUUGAUACAGAUAAAAUACUGUGUGAAAGAUGCAUAAAAAAGGCACAUUUAAACAUUCAUACAUAAAAUAGUGAUAAGUUAAAUAUUUGUAUUUGGUAAAUAUUGUUUCUUGUUUAAAAUGUAUAAACUACAGAAUAUAGAAUUUAUUUCCACGUU